AAGUGGUGUCAGAGCAGAAAAGAAAAAGAAGUGAUGGCCAUUACUCAAGACUGAGAUUCCUGUUAAAAGGACAUAGGUUUUGCACCCACUGGCUGCCUUGUGCUGGUCUCCACAGCUACCCACUUUUACGUCAGCAAGGGAAGCCAGUGUAUUUCCUCCCCUUCUUUAUCUAAAGGAAGUGCCAAAAUAAGCAUCAGCAGCGGAGCGCUCGAGCACCUUUUCCACUGGCCACUUAGUUGGGGUCCGAGGAAGAAGUCGGGAGGUUAACAACUGCAGAAUCACCAUGAAGACCAUCGGGGUUCUUGUCCUCCUCCUGCUAGCAUCUGUCCAUGUCUUCACACAAGUUUUAUCAUCAGAUCAGCAAAAUUCGACGACAGUACCAGCAAGUAACCAUACAAUAACACCAACUACAGCAGCAAAAACAACAGCAGCAGCAGCAUCAACCUCAACAACAUCACCAGCAGCCACAUCAACAACCCAAAAGGUCUCAGCAGCACCAACAGCAACAGCAACACCAACACCAAAAGCAACAGCAACAGCAACAUCAGCAGCCCGUGUAUCUCCCCCUGCUCUACCUGAUGCCACCAGCAAAACUCCUGACACUCUAGAACAUGAAUCUUUGGACACACGCUCUAACCACUCUGAGUCAGGAAACCACUCUAAGACCCCAACUAAUUCUGAAGCUCUAGAACAUGAAUCUUUGGACACACGCUCUAACCACUCUGAGUCAGGAAACCACUCUAAGACCCCAACUAAUUCUGAAGAACGUGAAGCCGCUGAGAAACUAAACACAGGCAAAGGUCCAACUACUCCUGCCUCAGAACCGCAUCAAACCACUGCACCCGCAGUGACGCAAACUCAUCCGAAUGAAAAUGAUAAAGGUGUUGGUCGUCAUGCUGGCAUUGAUGAGAAAUUCUCCCCCAAAGCAGACAAAAGGCUGUGGUGGAUUGUGUUGCCUGCCCUCCUGGUUGGAGCUGCUGCAGCCAUUGUGCUCAAAUUCAAAUGCAAGAAGAUCCAUGAUCACACAGAAACCAUUGAUACUGGAACUGAGAACGCAUCUUUCCAGAGCAGACCCGAAAGCACUAAAGAUGGUGUCAUGCUCCUCGGAGUGAAGUCAUCAGACGGAGACAGGGCCUGCCAGAUUGAUUUUUGCGAGAAUGUUGAACAUUAAAUACUUCAUUUCCUGCAUUCAGCUGCUGCGAGAUAAAAAAAAAUAAAUAAAAAAAGAAGAAGAAGGGCAGCAACAUCAAGAUCAGCCAGCGGAUGAGUCACACCUGUCGCCCACACACGGACGGUCUGGAGGAACUGUUGUUUAGAUGUUUGUGAAUUCUGUGUAACAUUUUGUGAGGCAGAAAAGUAUGAUGAUGUAUGCUAAAAGCUGUUUUGUUUGCAACUGUGAUCAUAAAUCUCAGAGUAAGUGAACUUAUUUUCAACCCAAAUAUUGAAAAUAACAGGCUUAAUACAUUACAGGCUUAAUACAGUACAUCUCUUUGAAUUGAUAUUGUGUCUGUGGAAUAUAUUUAAUGAACCUAGUCUAUGCACCCUUUUUUUCAGUAUACUGUUGACAAAUAGACAAACCUAAGUACAGCUGCAUAGCUCAUCUCCAUGUUGGGCCAUUCUCUGUACAGUGCACUGACCUCAGAUAUUUAUCACUGUUCAUUUCAUAGUUUUAUAAUUAUCCUUUGGUUGUGUUGUUACUAGGGGUGUAAAUCACAAGUUAUGACGAUACGAUUUUAAAUCGAUUCUUUGGACAACGAUAUGAUAUUUGCUGAUGUCACAAAGUCUGCCACGAUAACAUUAUGAUUUGAUUCAAUUCAGGGGCCUGCGAUCGAUAUGAGCUGAUAUAUCAUAUGUCCAUUUAACACAUUCAGUUACAUUUAUAUUAACUCAAAAAACGCAACUAAAAUACGAUUUGACAAUUGUAAUACUGAGCUUGUCCAGACAUUUAAAUGAAAAACAAACUAUUCUUUUUAAUAAAAAAUAAUAAAUAUAAAGUUGGAAUUUUAAAAUAAAAUCAAUAUUUUCACUUUGUAUUGAUAUUGGAUCGUUGCUCAUUGAAUCGAUAUAUGGAUCCAGAUCGAUGUAUUAUUACACCCCUAGUUGUUACUCACCUGCCUGGAACUAUUUUGUAGAUUGUGAUGGUUUUCUUUUUGUGGGGCUUAAUGGGGAGGUGGGGAGGGGGGGGGGUAUAAGAACAGGUUCUUUUGUACUCAUUUUUACUUUUCAUGUAUCUCAGUUAAGUAUUUCUUAAAAGAUUGUUAAAUAUUCUUCUACACUGGAAACUUUUUCAAACCAACAAUCUUUCCUUGCAUGACAGUACUGUACAUUCACAUGCAUAUCAAGGAGGAUUUCUUUUCUCUUUUUUUAUAGUAAAUAUACCAUCCAAGCACAAUAAAUAAGUAAAGGAGAUGUAUUUAAAGACACUGGAACUGCUUUAUGGCUGAUGUGUUGCUCUCAAUCUCAAUUUCCUCAAUAAAUCACUAGAAAACAG